AUGGAGCCAAUGAAGCUUACUUCUGUGGCAGCACUUUGGUCUGAAUACAGCACCACGUCCCUGCCAGCGGGUCCAUCAGAGUCUCCAACCUCCGCAGAGUGGGACGUUAUCCACGCUGUCGUUCCCCCAUACAUCUUCAUCCUGUGCCUGAUAGGUCUUCUCUCUAACGGCUUUGUCCUGGCAGUGUUUGUAGCCCAAAGGGAUCGACUGACUGUAGCAGAGAUCUAUCUGGGCAACCUGGCACUGGCUGACUUCAUUCUGCUGUGUGGCCUUCCUUUCUGGGCAAUGUACAUACUCAACGGCUAUAACUGGCCGUAUGGAGACCCCUUAUGCAAACUGGUCAACUCCAUCAUCCUCAUCAAUUUCUACACCAGCAUCUACACCAUGGUCAUGAUUAGCGUUGACCGCUACCUAGCCCUCGUAAAGACAAUGAAGGCCAGGUGGCUGAGACGGACACGUUAUGCCAAGGUGGCCUGCCUCAUCCUGUGGAUAUUAGGACUUCUACUGAGUACUCCGACUAUGAUUCACAGAAAGGUAAAGUUCAUCGAGGACUACCAGAUAACGUCCUGUGUAUUGGAUUUCUCUCAUGAUAUCUCUUGGAAGUUUGCUCAUCAGAUUCUGAUGAACAUUGUUGGCUUUGCCCUGCCUGUUCUGAUGAUCGUCUUCAGCAGUGGAAACAUCAUCAACACUUUAGCUCAGAGGAGGGAGAGUGUAGGUUUUCAUAACACUGAUGAUAAAAAGGCCACAGUACUUGUGUAUUCUGUCACACUACUCUUCUUACUUUGUUGGGGCCCCUUCCAGAUAUUCACCCUCCUCGACACCCUAUGUGACUUCCAGGUGUUGGACGAGGAGCUGUGGUUUCACACCCUCGAUAUAGGAGGUCAGGUUUCAGUGUAUCUGGCCUUUCUCAACAGUGCCCUCAACCCACUGCUGUAUGUCUUCUCAGGGCAGUACUUUAGGAGGAAAGUUAUCGCCAUCUACAGGAGGAAAAGGCAUCAUCACAGAGGAUCAGAUAUGACCACAUAUCAACGCUCUGUUGUGUCCACUUACAUCAACAGAGCGGAGCAAAUUAAGCCUGUGGUUAUUUUUAAAGCAUAAGAUCAGAUGUGAUGCUUACUCGUGCUGCUAAA